UAUCUACAUGUUUUGAGCGUAUUCAACACAGUCGUAGCAACUGUCGUCAGAUUCACAUCCAUCUUUGUGGACUUAAAACAUAUUAGGAAGAUAUGCCUGGCAUGUUUUGAUAGAAAUCGCCUAUUUGAGAAUUUACAAAAUGGGUAAAAAGGAUAAAGGAGAUCGGGACAAGAAGUCCAAAAAGCGUUUCUAUGAAGAGGAAGACGAUGAAGAAGAGGCAGUGGGCAGUGAGUCUCACGACGCCAUACCUGCUGCUGCAGGGAAACAAGUGGAUGAGUCCAGUAUAAGACUGGAUGAAUACGGAGCCAAGGACUACCGUCUUCAAAUGCUGCUGAAGGAUGAUCACGCUGCACGUCCCCUCUGGGUGGCUCCAGAUGGACACAUCUUUCUGGAAGCCUUCUCACCAGUGUACAAGUACGCCCAGGAUUUCAUGGUUGCCAUUGCAGAACCAGUCUGCAGGCCUAAUCAUAUCCAUGAGUACAAGCUGACGGCCUAUUCCCUGUAUGCAGCUGUCAGUGUAGGGCUACAGACCUCUGAUAUUGUGGAGUACAUGCAGAAACUCAGCAAGACGUCUGUACCUGAUGGAAUCGUGCAGUUUAUUAAGCUCUGCACAGUAAGCUAUGGCAAAGUCAAGCUGGUACUCAAGCACAAUAGGUAUUUUGUUGAGAGUGCCUUCCCUGAUGUGAUCCAGCGCCUUCUGCAGGACCAUGUAAUACGUGAAUGUCGUCUCCGCACUGCAGACGGAGCGGACACUGAGCUUAUUACUGAAAUUGUCCACAGCAAGUCAGCGAUUUCCAAGUCUAUCGAGGAAAAGGGGGGUACUUCCUCACAGCAGCCCGGCGAUGGACAAACUUCAACCCAACAGGUGCCUGAUGACAUCUUCAGCUACUAUGAGCAGAUGGAUAAAGAAGAAGAGGAGGAGGAAGAGACUCAGACUGUGUCUUUUGAGAUCCGCCAGGAGAUGAUUGAAGAGGUGCAGAAGCGUUGUAUUCAGAUGGAGUACCCCCUGCUAGCAGAGUACGACUUUCGCAAUGAUACAGUCAACCCUGACAUCAACAUAGACCUGAAGCCCACUGCUGUCUUGCGGCCCUACCAGGAAAAGAGUCUGCGCAAGAUGUUUGGGAAUGGACGUGCUCGCUCUGGGGUCAUCGUGCUGCCCUGUGGAGCGGGCAAAUCUCUGGUGGGCGUGACAGCAGCGUGCACGGUGCGUAAACGCUGCCUGGUGUUGGGGAACUCCUCGGUGUCAGUGGAGCAGUGGAAAGCUCAGUUCAAGAUGUGGUCCACUAUCGAUGACUCUCAGAUCUGCCGCUUCACCUCCGACGCCAAGGACAAGCCCAUCGGCUGCUCAGUGGCCAUCAGCACCUACUCUAUGCUGGGUCACACCACCAAGCGCUCCUGGGAGGCUGAGAGAGUCAUGGAGUGGAUGCGGAGUCAGGAGUGGGGACUCAUUAUCCUGGAUGAGGUGCACACUAUCCCUGCCAAGAUGUUCCGUCGUGUUCUGACUAUUGUCCAGGCACAUUGCAAAAUGGGGCUCACUGCAACACUGGUCAGGGAAGAUGACAAGAUUGUGGACCUGAACUUCCUAAUUGGGCCUAAACUAUUUGAGGCCAACUGGAUGGAAUUGCAGAACAAUGGCUACAUUGCCAAAGUCCAGUGUGCAGAGGUGUGGUGCCCGAUGUCUCCAGAGUUUUACAGAGAGUAUGUGGCCAUCAAGACGAAGAAGCGCAUCCUGUUUUAUACGAUGAACCCAAAUAAGUUCCGCGCUUGCCAGUUUCUCAUUCACUUCCACGAGCGGCGCAAUGACAAGAUUAUUGUCUUUGCUGACAACGUGUUUGCCUUGAAGGAGUACGCCAUUCGCCUCAACAAGCCGUACAUCUAUGGUCCAACCUCUCAGGGGGAACGAAUGCAGAUUUUACAGAACUUCAAACACAAUCCCAAGAUCAACACCAUUUUCAUCUCCAAGGUUGGAGACACAUCAUUUGACUUGCCAGAAGCCAAUGUUCUGAUCCAGAUCUCCUCCCAUGGUGGAUCCCGCAGACAGGAGGCCCAGAGGCUUGGCAGAGUCUUACGAGCCAAGAAAGGCAUGGUAGCAGAGGAGUACAAUGCAUACUUCUACUCACUGGUGUCCCAGGACACCCAGGAGAUGGCUUACUCCACCAAGAGGCAGAGGUUCUUGGUAGACCAAGGUUACAGCUUUAAGGUGAUCACAAAGUUGGCGGGUAUGGAGGAAGAUGACCUAAUGUUCUCCUCAAAAGACGAUCAACAGCAGCUGCUUCAGAAGGUCCUAGCUGCUUCAGACCUGGAUGCCGAGGAGGAAGUGGUGGCAGGGGAGCUGGGCGGACGACCACAGUUCUCAAGGCGAACGGGCACCAUGAGCUCCAUGUCGGGUGCAGAUGACACCGUCUACAUGGAAUAUCAGAGUCGAGGCAAAUCUGCAUUUGGCAAGAACAUUCAUCCACUGUUCAAGCGCUUCAGAAAGUAGAUGCACUGACUCAAACCCUGACACCCAAAGACUUACUCAGUUGCAACAAAGCAAUGGGACAACGUUGGGGCAUCAUUAUGUUCACUGAGUCUCCGCACCAGGCUUCCAGCAGCAGCAGGUUCAGAUAGUCAUUGCAUAGUCCAGCUGUUCUGGAGAACAGAGCAAUGGCUGUAGAUAACCUAAACCUUAAUAUUAUCUGAAGCUAAUGAUGAUUUACUGUGCAUCGCAUCCUACUGGUGGCUGAUGGCGAUGAUGUGUUGAAAUGACUUAUACAUCUGGUUAAGAACGCAGCCAAUGAUGCCUGAAUGGCUCGACUGCUCUAUGUGAUAUAUGUGUCUCCGCUCCAGCUCACUCAAGCACCAACAUGCGCCGACAUUUGCAUGUGACAUGCUUUGCUGACUCUGUCCAGCUGUGUCAUUUUUUCAUCUCUGUGUGGCGUUUCAAUGAUGCAGCUAGCCAAUUAGGGCCCGCUCUGAAACAAAAUCUGGCUUUGUUUUAUAAACAUUAAAGCUAAAUUCCACAACGCUAGAAGGCUUUGACUUGCUGUUUUCAGUACAUGUCAGCCACAAAUGUCUGCGUAGGAUGAGAGUGGACUGGAGAAGGAAGGAUGGGUGAUGUUAGCUCUAUGUGGAAUAACCUGUGCCUCUACUGUUGGUGCGUGCUUCACUGAUAACUGUCUGAGGAGGAAAACUAAGGGUGUACAUUAGACUUGUGUCAAUACAUUUUUUUGUAAAUGUGGCUGCAUUUUACACAUUGAAACAUCACAAAUUAAACCCACAUAGCCCGUGCACAUUAAACACUUCCUGAAUUUGCAUUAUUAUAUUUUAUUCUGGAAUCUUUCUUCUUUUUGUUUUAAGUCUGAAAGAAUGAAAGAUUGCUGUUUUAUUUGUUGCCUGUUAUUUACAGUGGUUUAUACUGGUCAACAUUCAACAUUUUAUUUGUAAAACUGUAGAAAAUAACUAUAAUAAAUAACAUGAUCCUGCCAGCAA